CCGCGGUUGGGCGCCAUUUUGCGCGGCGGGCGAGUGCGGGCGCUGAUUGGACUUGGGGGCCGCGCGGCGGAGCCAAUCAGCGCGGGGCGCGGACCGGGCAGCGCGGCACGGGCCUGAGGCACCAUGGAGCAGUACACAGCCAACAGCAGCAGCUCCACGGAGCAGAUCGUGGUGCAGGCGGGGCAGAUCCAGCAGCAGCAGCAGGGAGGUGUCACAGCUGUCCAGCUGCAGACUGAGGCCCAGGUGGCAUCGGCCUCAGGCCAGCAAGUCCAGACCCUCCAGGUAGUGCAGGGGCAGCCGCUGAUGGUGCAGGUGAGCGGGGGGCAGCUCAUCACCUCCACGGGCCAGCCCAUCAUGGUGCAGGCCGUGCCCGGGGGCCAGGGCCAGACCAUCAUGCAGGUGCCCGUGUCCGGCACGCAGGGGCUGCAGCAGAUUCAGUUGGUCCAGCCAGGUCAGAUUCAGAUUCAAGGUGGGCAGGCUGUGCAGGUACAGGGGCAGCAGGGCCAGACCCAGCAGAUCAUUAUACAGCAGCCCCAGACUGCAGUUACUGCUGGCCAGACACAGACCCAGCAGCAGAUAGCAGUGCAAGGCCAGCAGGUUGCCCAGGCUGCUGAGGGCCAGACCAUCGUGUACCAGCCUGUGAAUGCUGAUGGCACCAUCCUGCAGCAAGUUACAGUCCCUGUUACAGGCAUGAUCACCAUUCCUGCAGCCAGCCUGGCUGGAGCCCAGAUUGUCCAAACAGGAGCCAACACCAACACCACCAGCAGUGGCCAGGGGACGGUGACAGUGACACUGCCAGUGGCUGGGAACGUGGUCAAUUCAGGGGGAAUGGUCAUGAUGGUGCCUGGGGCUGGCUCAGUCCCAGCCAUCCAGAGGAUCCCUUUGCCUGGAGCAGAGAUGCUGGAGGAGGAGCCCCUCUACGUCAAUGCCAAGCAGUACCACCGCAUCCUGAAGAGGAGGCAGGCACGGGCCAAGCUGGAGGCAGAGGGAAAAAUCCCCAAAGAGAGAAGGAAAUACCUGCACGAGUCCCGGCACCGGCAUGCCAUGGCCAGGAAACGGGGAGAGGGGGGUCGCUUCUUCUCCCCCAAGGAAAAGGACAGCCCUCACAUGCAGGAUCCAACUCAAAGCAACGAAGAAGCAAUGACACAGAUGAUCAGGGUCUCCUAACCCCAGCUUCCAGGAAAGAACACCUGAAGGGAAUUCCCGUCCCUCCUGCCAGCCUGUCCUGCCUGCCCAGAGUGUCCAGUGAGUCCUGGAGUGGGACAAUCUCCAUGUCACAGCCUGUCCUUUUCCACAGAGCAAGCACCACGUGUUGAGGACGUGCUUGAGGUUUCAACUCUGCAAACAGAACCUUUCAGGCUUCCGUGGUGCCCUCUCCUGAUCCAGCACAGGGAAUUCGGAGUCUGAGCGCCCGUCUUUGGCUUUCCUUCAUCUUCCCACCUCAAUCCCUGUGGCUGGUGCAGCUCAGCCCUGUCCAGGGACAGAUUCCAGCUCCUCCAGCCAGCACUGGAUGGGUUUCAGUGCUGGCAAACCCACAGGGCUGGGUUUGCCCAGCAGAGAUUUGUUAUUCCAUCCACUCCUCACCCCUUUGGACUUGGUUUUCCCUGAGCUGGGCCCUGCUGUUGCACCUGUGACCCUGGCAGAAACUGAAGGGGAUUCUUUUCAAUUCCUCCUUGUACAUGUGUGAAGAAGCUCUUCUCUGGGACAGGUUCAGCCAUCCAAUCAAUGCUAGAAAUAGUCAAGAUUACUGCAGGACUUGAUGUGUUGUGUCUCUGUUGCGAGAGGGGUGGGAGAGGGAGAUGUGGGGGGGAUUGGGUCAGUAAAUCAGUUUCUGGGUGGGUUUGGAUGUUCAUUGCCAGUAUUUGUUGCUUUGGAAGAAAACUGGAUGCGAGUAUAGAAAGGAUUGAAACUUUUCAAUGAGUCUCUUCCAAAGAAUUUUCUUUUUUUUUUUUUUUUUUAAAUUUUUUUCACCUGCCAGUGAAGUCCAUGGUUCCUCCAAGAGACCCUCAGUGUCACAGUGGAACCCUCAGUGUCACAGGGGUGGCACUUGGCCAUGGUUGGGCUGGAGUUUCUGAUGCCUAAAUCAUUUCUAUAAUUCCAGAGUGAGGGAUGAUUCAGGACAGCAGCAGCUGGGGCAGCUCAGUCCCAGGUACCUGAAGGACUCAGCAGAUACUGAUGAACCUUCCACACUUUAUAAAUUAAGCUCUUAAAAACAAAACAAAAGUGGCACUUAGUGAAGGAGCAAUACUUAGAUUAUUAAAAAAUAGGAUUUUUCCAUUACCUACACCUGGCUUUGGGCUGAGCAUCUCCACAGAACACAGUUUUAAUUUAGAUUCUAAGCUUGCUCUAUUAUAAUUUGAAUUUUGGUGAUGGGAGCAGUAGUUAAAAACAUUUAACAGGUGAUUUCUCACCACGGCACUCCUGUCCCCUCUCACCUUGAGUUGCACAGCUGCUCUGGGGAUCAUCUGCCUGCUGGAGUCCCAGAAUUUCCAGGUUUUGUGUCCUGUAGUUCAGGCUGGAUCACAGCAGUGAAAUUUGGGGGUGGGAAUGUUGCGUGGUGGACGUGAACCUGGCCAGGUGGAGCUGAAGAAUGAGGAAUUUUUGAGGAAAUGCUGCCAGGGAUGGGUGAGGCUGGGUUAAAUGAUUUAAAGUGACAAGGAAAUGCAGUUUGGAAAUUGUAUUUCCUCCCUCCCAUCUUUUCCCAUUUAUUGGAAGCUAAAGACAAAGUGGAGGAUAAAUCAGCAGGAAGGAAACAGAGCCUGGAAAAUGCUGUUUCCUUUGGAUGAAAGAAAAAUACUCAACCUGAGAGUAUCAGAGGGAGGAGAAAUGUUGGAUCCUCUUUGUGAGUUCCUUGUUUUUGCUCUUCAGUUGAUGGUAAAUCUGUCCUGAAACACCUUUUUGAGAGCUGGAAGUUCAAGAAGCAAAAUUAUUGCUCUGACAUAGAUUUUUUUUUUUUUUUUUUUUUAACAAGUAAUUACUUUGUAAAUUUUUCCCAAUAUCCUUUCAUAUCUAGGUUCUCUGAUCUGCUGUUGUAGGUUGUGUGUGAAGAAAUAAUGGAUUUGUGUUCUAGGAAGUCUUAUUAAUAUUUUAAAUAGUGAUGUGAAAGCCAGAGAGCUCCUAUCAUUUUUUUUAUUUGUUUUGUGUUCUGUGUAUCACUGCUGAAAGUUGUGUUUAUUUGGUGAGGUUGGAGCCAGCAGUCAGCACCACGGUACCAAAAAUAUCUGCUUUCUUUUCCAGGGAAAUCUAUUAAAAUUGGAGACAUGUCCAAUUCAAACCUCCCUAGUAAUUAAAUUGGAAUUCUUUGUAGAUUGGCUACACUUGAGCAAAAACUUCACUUUAGGAGUGAGUUAAGAGUGAGUGAGGAUGAAAGAAGAGGUUUGGGAAGAAAUGUGUUUGAUUGACCUGGAGCAGUGAAGCAUCAAACCCAUCAAAACCCAGAUUUGUAGGAGUGUAAAGAUCAGGAUUUGGAUAAAAAUGGUCCUCAAGUGAUGCUAAAUGGCUUUAAGGCCCUGCAUGUUAAAAAAAGAGGGAGAAAAAUAAACUUUUCUUUUGUGAAGGGGCGUGGGAGGGUCCUGAGCUUAAACGUAAUGUCAGGCAAAGUUUGUACAUAGUUCAAAGUUUUUAAUUUUUUUUAUAUGAUGCAUUUUUUCAAGUGUAUUUUGGUCUUUAAUAGAUGCAAUUGUAAGUACUGUGUACACUCUCCAGCUAAUAAAAUUUAUAAACUGACACA